AUCUUUUUGCCUCUUCUGCUUUUUUACACAAAAAUCUCUAGUAAAUAAACUCAAAAGUUACAAUAUUCAGCUUAUUCUAACACCAUAACCAAACCCCAUUCUCUUCAUUCUCCAGAAGAAGAAAAUGUUUAAGUCCUGGUGUUUUUUCUAUCUUUUCUUUCUUUGCUUUGCUCUAAAUGCUGCAUUUGGUCAUGAAUCAGUGGAGCUCUCUACUCUUGUGCCACUACAGAGUUUUCCAAGCACUGGAAUUAUUUCUAUUGCAGUUUCUUUGCCUAUUGAAGAUCUUUAUGGAGUGUCCACUAGUGUUCUUGAAGCUGAAAAGUGGCUAAGGACUAAUGUUCUUGCUCACUAUCCAGCCACCAACAUUUCCACUAUUCUUGUCGGUCACACUCUUUUGUGCCAAAAAGAUCAAGAAAACAAACAGACCUUAAUCUUGCCUUCAGUCAAGAACAUUUACUACUCUCUAACAAGGUGGGGUUUGCAUGAUGAAAUCAAAGUCUCCACUUCUUUUUCUUCCAACUGCUUAGACCAAGAUUCUGAUAUGGCUGAACAAUAUAUCAAACCUCUUCUUGAUUUCUUCCAACAAGUUAAUGCACCCUAUAUAGUGAGCUUAACAAGAGAUUUAGAUGUAAAGAUUGAUACUUUGCUGAAUACUCAUUUAGGGUCUAUGAAAAAGUUAGGAAAUUAUAACCUAAACAACAUUUUCUUGAUUAGUGAGAACCCAAAACAGGGGAGACCCUUAAGCAGAAAGCUCUCAACUUUUGACUCAAAAUACACUAAUUUCCCUACUUUGCCAACCCCAUUAGCCCCAAAUCAUUCUCCAGCAUUUGCUGCUAAUAGCCCACUUCCUCCAUUAAUUGGAAACAUUUCACCACCACCAUCAUCUCUCCCUUUUGCACCUGAAAUGCCACCAGUGUUCAAUCCUAUUAGUCCUUUUAAUGGACCCCACUUGCCACCUUGUAUUCCAUCUCAUGGUGGGGGUGGGGGUCCAGUAGGUGCACCAGCACCAGGGGGGGUGCAUGGUAAUGAGGGGCUAUGGUGUGUAGCUAAGCCUAGUGUACCACCAGAGACAUUGCAAGAGGCUUUAGACUAUGCAUGUGGUGAAGGAGAUGCUGAUUGUGAGAAUAUUAGUCCUACUGGAAGCUGUUAUAACCCUGAUACUCUUGUGGCUCAUGCUUCUUAUGCUUUCAAUAGUUACUGGCAGAAAACUAAAAGCAAUGGUGGGACUUGUGAGUUUGGAGGCACUGCUAUGCUCAUCAACUCUGAUCCAAGCUACCUCCACUGUCGAUUCAUUCUUGCAUGAUAUAAGUAGAAUGGAACUUUGGAUGCGAAUUGCAUGGAGUGAAGCUUGCUGCCAUGAGGAGAAUUGGGAUCAAAGGCUAAAAAGUUGUUUUUGGUGUUGCCUCUAGUCUGUGGUAGAUAGAUUUGCAGGAGUUAGGAUUUUGGUUUAAGAGGUUAGAUGAGCCAGUGGCACUACAAACUCUUUGAUUAGUGACUUUAAUUUUUCAUAUUGUACUGUCUUAAGCCUAAUCAUUUGUACUUGUAUAGUUUACCUGUCUA